AUGCCCACCGCAACACUCUCUACAAUCACCACCGAUCAAAUUGAUGAUCUCCUCUACCUAGCUCGCCUCGGCGAGACCACAGACCUGACAGCGGGCGUCAACCUUUUCGCCAAGAGCCUCUCCGCUACUCCCGGCAUAAUUCUCACAGCAGCAAUUGACAAGGACAGCGGCAAUGGCUUACUGCAUAUGGCUGCUGCGAAUGGGCAUACAGAUACGUUGAAAGAACUCCUCACUCUCUCCGCCUCCAACCACGCCCUUUCACUCAAUCUACAGAACGCAUCGGGCAAUACGCCAAUGCACUGGGCGGCUCUCAAUGGCCACUUGCCCGCCGUCAAGCUACUCAUAGAAGCUGGCGCGGAUCCGACGGUCAUAAACAAGGCUGGGAAAGAUGCGGUGUACGAAGCCGAGGCCAAUGAGAAGAAUGAGCUUGCUUCCUGGUUGCUCACAGAGGGAAAGGGGCUGGAGAGUGCGGUUGGCGGCAGUCUGAAUCAAAUUGCACCGGGAGUAGGGGGAGAAGGCGAUGCGGAAGGGCAGCUUGAGGAGGUGAUGAAGGAGGGGGGGACGGAAGAGCAGCCUUGA